CUACAUAUUAUUGACGUCUUUCCAAGGUUGCUCGGGACUUCCAUUCCUCCCCACAACGCCUCCUCUCCUCCUUCGACCCUACAGUAGAAAUCUACACACAAUGGGCUCCUCAGCAUCAAAAGGAGCGCGUGCAGCCGGCUCCGCCGCCCGCAAAUACCCAACCCGUGUCCCCUCCUCGACCACCCGUGCUCCCCCUCCCGCUCCCGCUCCUCCGAACACUACUCCCUCACAAGCCAGCCAAGCUGCUCCUGCUCAAUCCGCACCGCAGACCAACCCCCAGAAAAAUAACCCAAUCGACCUCGAAGGCCCCGACCCGGGCCUCGCCGCCCGCCUCCAAAGCAUCGGCGCCGUCCAACCCAACCCCCACUACUCGCCCUCGUCGAUGUCGAGCCUGGACCCCCGCCGUGGCAGCACUUCGGCGGAUAUCCCCUUCGACAUGGCCGAGGCGCCGCCGCACCAUUCGUUCCCGAACCCGCGAGAUAAUCCGGCGUUGAGAGUGCUAGAGGCACGGCAGCGGAUCCAGGACCAAGUCGACCAGGAGCAGGAGAACAGCAACAGGAAGGGCUUCCAGGGGAGAAGUCACAUUGACGCGGGCACCAUCCAAUUGGCGCUCAUGCGGCAGAAACGCGGCGAGCCCGACUCACGCAUUGAGGCGGCGUUCGGACUGAAGAAGGGACGAUUGGCUGUUCUAAAAAGGGGGGUUGUGGAAACCGUACAAGACGAAUAGCGUACAUUGAGUUUUGUAAGAUACCCGAGUUACGCAUGUUGGCAGAGCGGUUUUGGCCGAUGAGGCCGUAGAUGAGGAAACCGACACGAAAGAGAAACGCCGACCAGCCCAAUUUCCGAAUAUCCAAGUUCCCGUUCCCGCGAUGUUCGCCGAUGCGAUGCAACCCGAACGCCUGCGUUCCGAUGACAAAGGAAAUAUGCAACAAAAACCGUCAAUGGCCGUUAGAACUCCUUGCGCUCAUGAAUAAAGUUGUUCAACGCCGUAAUCGCCUCGAUCAGACUUUGCCGGUCGAUGUCGAUGCCGUCGCCCCCGUCGCCGCCGACCUUGAUCCUGCCGUCCAUCUUCAUCUUUCCCGGUCGCCAAGUACGUAAUAUCCGCCAGCGCGAUCGCGUUGUGUUGAAGGCUGGGCAUGAGGGGGCGAUGUCUUCCUUUUCUCGCAGGACUUGGAGGGCGUUGAGGACGUUGAGGAAGAUGC